CUAUGACGCAUUAAAUCGUCCUGUUCGGAAUAUGUCAACUGUUACCAUAGUGAAGUACGUGUCUUCUCUUUAUCAACUUGUUGGCUUUGACUCAAAAGAACAGUCCAUCGAACUGCUGACUUUUCAGCGACUGCGUUGGUGCGAUGAGUUCCUGAAAUGGGAUCCAGCGAAUCAUUCUGGAAUCGAGCUGUCACGGUUCUACCAACAUCAGCUGUGGGUUCCUGACGUUCUUCCGUAUAACGACAUUGGUGAUUAUGAUUUCGACGAGUUCUCUCUUAUUGUGCCUCUGAUUGUGUACUCCUCCGGUCACGUGGUAUGGUCUCAGCCUGUCAACAUGAAAACUACUUGCUCGAUGGAUGUGACGAACUUUCCAUUUGAUUCCCAAACUUGUGAAAUCACGAUUGGAUCAUGGCAGUACUCAUCGGCUGAGCUGAGAAUGUCUUGCGAUGAUGAGCUGGAUUUGAAUGCCUACAUACCUGACAGUCUAUGGGACUUACAAGAAGCUUCGUGUCGAGAGCGAAAUAUGACCUCAUUAGACGGAUCAUUCAGUGAUGCUGUGGUUACUGUGACUUUCAAACGGCUCCAAACUUACUUCGUGGUUAACUUAGUAAUUCCCACUGUUUUACUUCUGGGAAUUAGUUCACUCACUUUCUUCAUCCCUGGAGAAAUCGGGGAAAAACUGAGCUUUGGUGUGACGGUUACACUUUCGCUUUGUGUUAACUUGACCAUUUUUACAGAUUUCAUUCCAAUGACAUCAAAAACAUUUCCAAAGUUGUUCACAUAUAUACUAUCCAGCAUUCUUUUGUCGUGCAUAUCAUUGGUUUUGGCAACAGUUUCCGUUAAUUUUGUCAAGAUCAACAACAACAGCAAAGAUGAAAGCCAAGUUGCAGCGUUCGAAUCAACUUUCACAAAUAUGGCAUUAAAAGAGCUUACAAAUCGUGUUUGUUUGAAUAAAACUAAGAAGAAGAUAACAAAUCGAAAAUUUGAUAUAGUUAUCGGUUUUAUUUACAUGCUGGGAGUGACCAUGUACUCUGUCAUCUUUUUCGCAACGAUGAGUCAUAAUUGAAUAACUUUUUGUUGCUGUUAACAAAAUAUAUAAACACAAACAAAUGUUUU